AUGGAGCCCGCCGGCCCGGCCCCCGGCCGCCUUGGGCCGCUGCUCUGCCUGCUGAUCGCCGCGUCCUGCACCUGGGCAGGAGGGGCAGGUGAGGAGGAGCUGCAGGUGAUUCAGCCUCAGAAGUCAGUGUCCGUCGCAGCAGGAGAGACGGCCACUCUGAGCUGCACUGUGACAUCCCUGACCCCCGUGGGGCCCAUGAUGUGGUUCAGAGGGAUGGGACCAGGCCGGGAGUUAAUCUAUGAUUUCAGAGGACGCCUCUUCCCCCGAGUAACAAGUGCUGCAGACACCACGAGGAGAAACAACACGGACUUUUCCAUCCGCAUCAGUAACAUCACCCCAGCAGACACAGGGACCUACUACUGUGUGAAGUUCCGGAGAGGAACCGGUGAUGACAAGGAGUUCAAGUCUGGGGCAGGCACUCAGCUCAGCGUGAGUGCCAAACCCUCUCCCCCUGUGGUAUCGGGCCCCACGGGCAGGUCGCCACCUGGGCAGACAGUGAGCUACACCUGCAAGUCCCACGGCUUCUCCCCGAAAAGCAUCCUCCUGAAGUGGUUCAAGGAUGGGAACGAGCUGCCAGCCUCCCAGACCACCGUGGACCCAGAGGGAGACAGCCCUUCCUACAGCAUCUCCAGCACAGCCAGGGUGCUGCUGGCCCCGAGGGAUGUUCGUUCCCAGGUCAUCUGUCAGGUGACCCAUGACACUCUACAGGGGGACCCGCCUCUUCGUGGGACUGCCAACCUCUCUGAGGCCCUCCGAGUGCCGCCCACCGUGGAGGUCACCCAGCGCACGGUGUCAGAGAAGCAGAAGAACGUCACCUGCCUGGUGAGGAACUUCUACCCCCAGCGCCUGCAGCUGACCUGGCUGGAGAACGGAAACGUGUCCCGAACAGAAACGGCCUCGACCCUCACAGAGAACCAGGACGGGACCUUCACCGGGAGGAGCUGGCUCCUGGUGAACCUGUCUGCCCACAGGGAGGAUGCAAUGCUCACCUGCCAGGUGGAGCACGACGGGCAGCCGGCGGUCACCAAAAUCGUCACCGUGGAGGCCCUGGCUCCCCAGAAGGACCCAGAUGUACCCGCUGGUGAGGGCAAGAACUCGAAGGCCAUCUUCAUUGCGGUGGGCGUGGUGUGUGCCCUGCUGGUGGCCCUGCUGAUGGCCGCCCUCUAUCUCCUGCGAGUCCGACAGAAAAAAGCUAAGGGCUCCACUUCUUCCACAAGGCUGCACGAGCCCGAGAAGAACGCCAGAGAAGUAACCCAGACCCAGGACAACAAUGACAUCACGUACGCAGACCUGAACCUGCCCAAGCGGAAGAAGUCGGCCCCCCGGGCCGCCGAGUCCAACAACCACACGGAGUACGCCAGCAUCCAGGCCGUCCGGCCGGCCGCGCCUGAGGACAACCUCACCUACGCCGACCUGGACAUGGUCCACCUCAACCGGGCCCCCAAACCGCCGGCCCCCAAGCCCGAGCCGUCUCACUCGGAGUACGCCAGCGUCCAGGUCCCCAGGAAGUGA